CUCAUCAUUCUCAGUUUUCUCAUCUCUUCCACCAGGAAACGUGCAUCGUCAAUCGUCUUGAGUCUUUCAUCGUAAGGCUUGCGCAACCAGGACUUAUGCUGUCUCGACCUGUGCCGCCCGCGGCAUGAGAGCUCUGGGUCUAUGCUGACGUAUGCUCAUGAGAUUCAUGCCGACUGGAACACAAGGGAACGAUUCACGCAAUGAGAAGAAUAAGCAGUCCCUCGUACCACAUAUUGCGAUCCCAAAAUGGUAUCAGGUUGCUCGGGGCAUGGUUUCCUCCUUCAUUCCACGCCCAUGCACUCCAAUACCGCUGCUUCUUGGAGAAGCGGUCUGCAAUGCUCUAAAACGCCAGCGAAUAACCGAGAAAACACCAACAGCAAUACAGAAUUUGAAACACUCCAAACACAAUACACACGAUAGGAAAAGAAACAGAGAAACCAAACAUGUAAGAGCGAUGCACGAAAGCUGAAAACAGGGCCUCUUUCCCGUCGCACAGAAGGCAAAAUGGGUAUAAUAUUUACAAACAGAAAAAUGGUAGGGUAUCUGCUUCAACCUCCUGGCGGCUUCUGAUCAACAGAACCACUUCGACCAACUUGCAUACGCAGUGAUGCCACCUUGGAGGUUUCUAUAUCACAUCAACAUUGCUGGUCCCGUGGGCCCAGCUUCAUAUGUGUCUCGACAGUAGUCUCCCAGAGUUGGUUCAGGUCAACGACUUGGAGAUUGUGGCAACUGCGGACAAGGAGAUGCCGUCUAUCAGAAAAACGAGAAAGCAAGUUAAGGAAAGAAAAGUCAACGAAACGCACAAACCUACCUUAUUGAGUAAUGUUGAGGGAAGGUAUUGGGACGAACCAACGCGGCUAGUCUGGAGCCCCUACUGUUAGCUUAUGACCAAGGUCUAGGGACAGGAACUGGCGACGAACCUUUGAACAAUCCCUUGAACUGUGCACCGAUACCAGCCAAGUUUGAGUUUGACGGACCGGUAACGACAGAAUGCAUCGGCUGGUACCUGGCCAUGCCGGCUUCCAGGCUCGCAAUGCUAUGUUCUCGAGGUUGACCGCCAGCAACGUGACCAUUGUUGGCACCACGAGACUGGAUGCGGGCAAAGACGUUAUUGUGAGAGUACGGAGCCACACGGUUCUGCGACAGUUCUGGAGCUUCUUGGCGAGCUUCUACCGCAACGCUACCAUCGUCAUCUAUUAGCUGCAUUCUCCAUCACCUAAUACCGAGAACGUCCAACACGUGCUUCCUCAGCGGGCAACGCAACGCAACGCAACGUACCCGACGGCCGAACCCUGAUGAGGGGCGACGGAAGACAUGACUGUUGAAGGGCGAUAUUGAACGGGCGUUAUAGAUCGAAGGUAGGAAGACCGAAAUUGCUAUGGAUGAAGUGAUUGCGGCGGCGGCGAUGUCGGUGGUGAUGAUAGUGACGGACGGAAGCGAACGACGACGCCAACGAAUACGGCCCUUGCCAACAACCGAUGAGAAUAAUAAUAUAAGAAUGGAUACGAAGGAAGGGUCCGAGCAGCAUGAGCUAGAAGUGAUGCAGCGCAGAAGACGAGCAGCGGUGUUCAACGCACAGAGGAGAGCGAGGAGGAAGUGGGUGAAAGCUGGAGGAGAUAGGUAGAGACGGCGGCGGGUGGGGGAGGGACAGCACCCGCAAGAGCUCGAUGGGCAAACAGCUACGGCGUAAGGCAAGGUAGCUAGGGAGAGCAAGAAUGUGAGGUAAGGUAAUGCGUAGAAGGUAAGUGAGUGAUGGUGAUGAAGUCAAAGUAAAGAGUUGUAAGGGGGUGAACAAGUUUAUAUCUAAGGUACUCGAUAGAGUUGGGAUGAAAGGAUGGGAUGGAUGUAUCAAGCAUGAGCAUAGAGAAGAAAAAAAAAAUAAGGUACUAGGUAGUAUGACGGUGAAUCAAGUAACAGUAAAAAAGUUGCGACAACGAUCCAUCCAAUGUGUGAGCGAGUGAGCAGCGGAGCACGGAGAGUGAGAGGGGACGGGGAGCGGGGAGGAGAACCAGAUACGCCCAGGGGGUGAAUUAUGAUGGCAUCCAUCCACUGCAAAGCCAAGCCAACCCAACUCACCCCAGCAGAGCACAGCACAGCACGCACAGAGCAAAAGAGGAGC